AUGGCAAAGGCUAAGAAGGGUGUCUUCUUGAAAAGGGCACUGUUUCUAGCCGUUCCGGCAAUUAUAGCGCUGGUCCUGUUGAUUAGGUUCUUGAACAAUUCGAAAGCUGCCGAUCUGCAAAACCUGUUGCAGAAUCUGCCCAAGGAGAUCUCACAGAGUAUUAAUUCAGCUGCUUCAAAUCAGAAGAGUGACGCAGAUUUGUUGAAACAGUUUGAGGCAUUGGCUGCUGAUAUCAAGAAGAAACAUGAGGAACAGGCAAGACAAUUCGAAAAGGAGCGUAAAGCACUUCAGAAACAGAUCCACGAGUUGAAACAAGUUCCUGAACAGGCUACUUUGCGUGAGAAAUUGGUUUACGCUUUUAGAUAUGAUACCAAGAGGAAGUUUCCAGCAUAUAUCUGGCAGAUCAAGCCUAAUUUCGACAGCGACUCGGAGGAUAUCUUGGUUUGGGAGAGAAAUUGGGACGACAAAAACCCAGGAUUUGUACACGAAAUUACGAACGAGGAUAUGGCCGAAACAUUGGUUCGCCAUUUUUACUCCUCCAUCCCAGAUGUGCUCGAAGCUUACGAAUCAUUGCCUUCUAAAGUGCUCAAGGUUGAUUUCUUCAAAUAUUUGAUCUUGUUGGCUCGUGGAGGUGUGUUUGCAGAUAUGGACACUAACCCAUUGCAACCAGUUCCCAACUGGAUACCGGAGAAUAUCGAACCACACAAGAUUGGAAUCAUCGUUGGUGUGGAACAUGACGCUAGCUCACCCGACUGGAGAAGUCGGUAUAUUAGAAGAUUGCAGUUUGGUACUUGGAUCAUCCAGUCCAAACCGGGGCAUCCAAUCAUUAGAGAAGUAGUGGCUAAGAUCACCGAAGUGACUUUGAAACGUAAGAAGGAGAACAACCUAAACACAAACCUGCGAAAUGAUCUCAACAUCAUGAGUUGGACAGGAUCAGGCUUAUGGACAGAUGUCAUCUUCAGUUACUUUAACGAUUAUAUGAGAAGUGGGAUCCUACAGAAGAUCACCUGGAAGGAGUUUCAUGGGUUAGUCAAACCAAAACUUCUAAGUGACGUGCUAGUCUUUCCCUCGUUCUCGUUCAACGCACCAAGUAUAGUCAAGAAAGAUGACCCAAACAGGUCACUCUACUUCAUCACUCACAAGGGCAGAAAAUCAUGGAAAACUGCCCCAAAGGUCGAAGGUAACUAA